AUGCGAAAGGUACUCCUGUCGAACAAAAAAGUUUAUGAGUUAAUAGCCACAAACAACUAUAGAGGAUAUGAAGAAGAUAUUAAGGAUAUAGUUGAAAAUAAAUAUGCAAAAUUGUUAACAUACCUGAGCUCAAAUAACAAGUACCACGAAAUAGUAUCAUUAAAGCUGCAGCAGUAUAUUAAUGAACAUCUAAGUAUUAAAGAGUCUAAAUCAUAUUUUUUCGGUUUUUCAAAGGAACUGCUAGUUCAUUGUUUGAAGGUUUACUUUUACGAUGCCCUGUACCACGAAAAUACACAUCAUUUGAGGUGCGAAUGCGCUCAAGUGGGGAAGGAGCUGCAAACAGAUCAGAGGAAUGGACAUUGGAAUGGAAAGCAAAAUGGAAAGUCGAUGGAGCAACCAUCCCAGGAGGAAGCCCUCCUCAAAGAAAUAGAACAAAACGCGCAUUUGAUUGAGAUGGACAGGCUACAUUUAUUAUACUGUGAUGAGUAUUUUUACAUUUUUAAAAGCAUCCUACAUAUAUUGAAAGAGUGUAAUAUCUUUUAUUUUUAUCAGAACUACAACACAGAAGACUUUUCAUAUGAGCAUAAUUUUAUGUAUGAACUUUUUUCUAUAUUAGAAAGAAAAUUAAAUAUACAGCAAUUGAUACAAAUAUAUUUUGACACAUAUAAAGACACGAACAACUAUUUCGAAAUGAUAAAACAAGUAGAUUUAGAGAACAACGGGUAUUGGGUAUAUAAAUAUAUUUUAUUAUUUCUAAAUGUGCAAACGUUUUGUAUUAAUAUUUUUUUUUUUCUACAAUUAAGAUUAAAUAUAUUGGAAAAGUCUAAUAUCAAGUCCAUUCUUAGUAUAUUUUUAACGUUCUCUAGUAUUAACUUAUCUAAUAGGUAUUAUGCUAACAAUGAUAUAAUAACGAAUGCACUUCAACAAAAAGAAUACUCAAUUAUAUUUCUAAUAGCAUCUGUAAGUAAUUUUUUAACGUUAGAAGAUAUUAAUAAAUAUGUGAAAUGUUCCUCUUCUAUCAAUUUUUUUAAAUUAAUUUUUCUUUUUAAAAAUAAUAUUUCAACGAAUAACUAUCAGCAAAAUGUACGGCUUCUGUCAUAUUGUCUAAACUACUUUGAUGAUAUGCUUCAAAAUUUUUCAUUUAUUGAUUAUAGUUGUGUGUAUAAGAAAGUUCUGUUGAAUAUUUUGGAUAACGCCCUUUGUCCCGACGAGAUUAGUGAGCAUCUAAGGGAGGAGGAGCACAGUGGGGGAGGAAAUCCUGGAAGUGGUAUUGGAAGUGGUACUGGAUGUGGUACUGGAUGCGGAAGAGCCAGCCAGACCAACAAUGGUUAUAGGAACGAUGGUUGCAGUAAUGACAGCGGCUCUGAUAACACGGAGGAGAUCGGGGUGAAGCAGCAAUUCACUACGUAUCAAGAAGAGAGGAAUAGCAGCUGCUACGUUACACCCACUGGAGGGGUACUGGAUGAACGUGGCUACGUAAGUUAUAAUGGAAGUGGACAUUUAUAUGAUAGCAGUAGUAACCACAGCACCAUUGGUUAUAGUAUGCAUUUAAGAGGUAAAGGUUUCAUGUAUAAAGAAGGUAAAAGGAUAAAGGAUAUAGAACAAGGGAAAAGACAUUCCCUUACUGAACGGGAUUUACACUUUUCACUUAUAAAAAAUAUAAAAAAACAUAUAGAAAAAAAAGAAUUUUUUAAGAAAACAAUCAAUAGUAAUCUUUUUUUAAAAAUAUGUAUUAGUUUAUUUAAAAAAGAAGAUUUGCUUUUAUUUUCCUAUGAAAUAAAAAAAAAUUAUAAAAAUAUAAAAACUUGUAUAGAUUAUCUUCAAGGGGAUGAUUUACAGUAUGAUAUAUACUCGACGAGUUAUUUCUUCUAUGACUAUAAUUAUCGGAGCACAGAAAUUGUUAUUACUGAGGAAGAAAGGAAGAAAAUGGUAUCUCCCUUUAUUUCUAUUGAAAGCAAAAAUAUUCUGCUUGAAAUGUCGACUCUAUUUUUUUCGUACGAUUACUUGAAGGUUUAUUCUGUGAGGGCGAAUCGAAGUAGGGAAUUAUCGAGGGGGCUGGGGCGUCUUCGUUGUAAGAGCGGUAAACAAAAGAGAAGCAUGCAAAAGAGAAAGCAGCAUAAAAGCAGCAACAUAUACCAUCCAGUCAUAUUGCAUAAUGUGAACCGACUUCUGUUAGAGUUCUUUUGCAGUAAAAUAUGCAAUUCUUCUAUUAAUGCACUGAUAAUGUUUAACCAUAACUUGUUAUCGAUAUACAGAAUUUUGAAAGCGUUAAUAGGGACAAGCGCUAAUCUAAUUAACUUCAGUGAAGUUACUAAGGCUGUUCAGUCCUUUUCAAAUAGAUGUUAUGAAAAUGAUGACAAUACUGUUACAAUUUUGGAAGAUACAAUAUAUUAUAAAAUAUUAGAAAUUUUAAAAAAGAAAAAUUUAAAUAAAAAUAGUAUUUAUAUUACAUAUAUUGAAUACUACUACAUUUUGUUGGACUACUACUGCAAAUUUCUGUAUAGUAAUUAUUCGGAUAGGAAUGAGAGCAAUAAUUUUUCCAAAGAUGGCAUGUUUUUCUUUUUUAAAAAUAUAAUUAAUUUUUUUUGUAAAAUUUUAAAAAUAAAUAAAUGUUUUCAUUUACUAAUCGAAAUAAAAUUGAAUAAUUAUUUUAAACUGUCGUAUGAUAUUAGAAAUAGUUUUAUAAGUUUAUUUACUUAUCUUUUUUUUUUCUCCAUAAGAUUUAAAGAAUUGACAUUAUUAAAUUAUGAUAUAGUAAGCUGUUUACUUUUUUUAUUAAAAAAAAUUAAUAUUAACAAAUUAAAUGCAUAUAUUUUUCAAAUGUUUUCUUAUGUUGAACAAGAACAACUAUUAAGGAAGGAAAGGAAUGAACAUCUUUAUAUAAACAAAGGAAGGAACAUUUUCACUUCAUCUGAUGUAGAUACAAGUAAUGAUCUUAAUAGCAAUUAUAAUUAUGAAAAAAUAUGUACAAAUAAUUAUAACGACCAUAGUGUUGAAAGCUUUAAUAUUAAUUAUGAUAACCUUACCAAUUUUAAGUUGGAAAAGGAUUAUAUCGACAUAAAAGACAAAUUUAGAAUUGAUAUUUCCUUUUUGAAAAUUUUCUUUCUCCUGAGUGAGGUCCGACGAGUGGAUCUAACUGAGGAUGGAGUAAAGACUAGUGAAAAGGAUAGUGGAAAGACUAGUGAAAAGGAUAGUGGAAAGACUAGUGAAAAGGAUAGCGGAAAGACUAGUGAAAAGGAUAGUGGAAAGACUAGUGAAAAGGAUAGUGGAAAGACUAGUGAAAAGGAUAGUGGAAAGACUAGUGAAAAGGAUAGUGGAAAGAAUAAUGACAAGGAUAGUGGAAAGACCAGUAACGAUGAUGGCAGCAAGACUAGUAACGAGCACUUGAAGGAAGACAAUUCUUGCUACAACGUUAACGAGAAAUACGAGAACAACAGCAGUAGUGGCAGCAACGUAUGCAGUAGUGAUAUGAGGGGGGGUAAGCCUUCCCCCCUGUACGGAAGCACCGUCCACCCUAUUAUCAGAGUUCAACGUUAUGAUAAGCACAAUGGUAGAGGUGCUACUGUAUACCGCAGUCAGCAGGGGGGUAGAGUAGUUUCACCUUGCAGUUACAACAACAGCAGCGGAAGAAAUUGUGGAGGAAGCAACGGUCGAAGAAGCGGUCAAAGCAGUGAUCGAAGCAAUGGUCAAAGCAGUGAUCGAAGCAAUGGCCAAAGCAGUGAUCGAAGCAAUGGCCAAAGCAGUGAUCGAAGCAAUGGCCAAAGCAGUGAUCGAAGCAAUGGCCAAAGCAGCAGUCGAAGCAGUGGAAGGCGUAACAGCCACGUUAAUUACCGGCAGCAGGAUCUGUGGAGGAACCAAGAGAACGCGAGGAGUUACUACACCACGGAGUGUAUAAGCCUGGAAGAAAUAUUUAUUAUCACUCUUAUGGAACUGUGUGCAGUGGAAAAUUAUAGGUUUACAUUUGUAAACGACUUGUUAAGUUUGUAUGAAGAGGAAAAAAGGAAAAAAAUAUAUAUUAACACAGAAAUCAUUUUAAUAUUAUUUAAAAAGGUUAUAAAGAGAAAAAAAUUAAAUUUUUUUUUUUUUAAUAUUUACAAAACUUUACAAAAUAAAGUAAAUCAUAUAUUAGCAAGUAUAAAUAUUUUAAUAAAAAAAUGGGUUAAGUGGACUUUUAAAAAUUGUAAUAAUACAUUUAAAAGAGAAAAGAAUAUUAAUAUAAAAAAAUUGGUAAAAUUAUUUUUUAUAUCUUUUUAUAAAUUUGUAAAAAAUUAUUUUGUACAAAUACAUGACUUUAUUGACAAUUUGAAAAUAUAUAAUAGUAAAAACAAUUUUGAUGAUUUUUUUUUUUUAAUUUUUUCAAAAUAUGUAAACAGAGUGUUUAUCGACAAUUUCUCUGCUUCAUUCAUAUUUAGCUUGUCCAAGUACGCAAUUUUAAAUGAAUGUAUGUCUAUAAUUAAUUAUAUGAUAAAAGUGAGUAGUAACGUGAAUAUUGAGCAAGUUAGACAAAUACAUGCGGAGGUAAUGAAUGCAGUAAGGAAGAAGCACCCCCAAAUGGUUGAAAAUGAUAGCACACGCAAUGCAAUUAAUGGAAUUAAUGGCAAUGAGAACAAUAAUGGCAAUGAGGACAAUAAUGGCAAUGAGAACAGGGAUAAUAAUCGUAACAGUUAUAACUGUAGUAAUAAUAAAAAUAAAAGCAGCAGCCGUAAUAAUGAUAUCAGUAAUAUUAAGAAUAGCAAUGGAUAUGGAAAUGGUAAUGGAAAUAAUAAUAAUAAUUAUUAUUAUAAUGAGACAGCAGACGAGGGAGUACACCCCUUGUCAACGUACAGAAUGACAAACAAAAUGAACGAAUUGCCUGUGAAUCACACAGUGAAACCAUAUUCCACCACUACCUUCAACAAUUUUAUGAACAACAUAAUUAUAAGUCAUAAAACUCUGUUAAAUAAACCUGAUAUGUACAUAAAAAAAAAAGUAAAUAUAUUUCAAAUUGAUACCAUGAGUAAUGACCAGUAUUUGCACAAUCAUUAUACGAUGGACUAUAUAACGGAUCUGUUAUUACUAGAAAAGCAGGCAAAGGAUGGACAGAAGGAUUUCUGCACGCACCACGGGAUGUUCCAUGCGCACAGGAAUUUUUGUAACAUGGACAGUAAUAGAAGCGGCGAUAUAAGUGGUAAUAGGAGCGGCAAUAGGAGCGGCAAUAGGAGCGGCAAUAGGAGCGGCAAUAGGAGCAGCAAUUACAACAUCGAUUGCAAGGACAAUUACAUGAGCAAUCGCAAGGACCUCCACAAUGGAAAUAUUGAAAAACUGCUUCGACAGUCAACCAUAAACUUUAAUUUGAUCGAUGAAUCAACGAACGAAAACUCCGUUAAUCAGCAUUCCAUGUUCAGCCAAAGUGAGUACCUUACUAAGUACAAUUUAACAUUUUUUAAAUAUUUCUGUCAUAUAAGAAAUCUAUUAAAAAUAAUUUUUCAGAAUAAUUAUGUAUUUUUCUUAAGUGAUUUUUUACUUAUGAAUUAUGAACAGUCAGGAAAAAAAAAAAAAAAAAAUAUAUUUUUUUUUAAUUAUAACCUGAACAUGUCAGGUGAUUGCUUUUCUUCUGUAUUUAAUCUUUUCAUAAAUGAAUACAAUGCAAUUUAUUACAAAAGUGGGCAUGCCAUUUUAUCCCAUUUCAAGGAGAUAAAUUACAGAAAGUUGUACGAACAAGUUAUUAACCGAAUAUUACUCAUGUAUUCACUCUUGUUGGACCCUUGUUAUCAUUUCAUAUUUCUCAAGGAAGUAAAAGUUAUAUGGACAAACAUUUCAAAUCAGAUAUUCUCUCUAUUCAACACUUCCCACCUUAUAAGUAACUUGUUUUCAAAGGCGUCCUUCAGCAUCAUUCAGAAGAACGACGUUGUGAGCAAGUCCAUAAACAAUGAUAUCCAGCGCAUAGAGAAAAAAAUGUUUGAAGGAAGAAGAGAAAUAUUGAGCAUGUCUUUACUAUAUUUUGUUUUAUAUAAUUUCAAGAAUGUGUACAUGUUAUACGAAAAAUUAAAUACAUAUUUUAGGAUAAACAGUUUUAACAAUAUUUAUUUUUUAUGUAAAUAUAGUAAAGGUUAUUUACCUCUAGCAGAUAUUUUAAAAUUGUUUACAGAUAAAUUGUUAUACUAUUUUGAGAAAGUGAAGGAAAUAAAUUUUAUAAAUUUAAAAUAUGAAUAUACAAAAAAAAUUUUUAACAUCUUAAAGUUUUUAUAUUUUUUUAUAAAAAAUAAUGAUUUAAUACAUGUAAGAAUAUAUGAAGACAUAUAUGAUAUUCUUUUUUACAUAAUAAAAGAUUUUGUUGACCGGGACAAGUAUGUCCACUCUUAUAAUAUAAAGGAAUACACGUUUAACAAGUUGAAAAUUUUAAAUUUGUGCCUGCACUUUGUUAAUGAUAUUUAUUUUAAUCUGUUCAGUGAUGAUGCUAAGGGGGGAGGAAGAACAGAAGUAGGAACAGGAACAGAAGUAGAAACAGGAACAGAAGUAGGAACAGGAACAGGAACAGAAACAGGCAUAGGUAUAGGUGUAUGUGUAGGAAGUGAAAAAUAUUCUGAAAAGAAAAAUCAUCUGUGGAAUUGCAUGGAAGAACUUCUCAGCCUAUUUGCAGUUAGAUUACAAAAAAAUGCUUCUCUUUUUUUACAUUCACAAUUGUUUACUUGUUAUAGGAAAGAUAUGAAGAAGGAGCUGUACAAUUACAUAUAUAACAUGAACGUAAUGAGUGAAUUGUUGGAACUCAUUAUCAAGGGGAUAUAUAUAAAGGACAGUUGUAUAUACAAAUUAAUUAUAAACAUAUGCUACGAUAGAAAUAUAUGUCGUAUCUUUUUUAAUAUCAAUUUUAAUAAUUUGAAUGAAUUGUUAAGGAAAUAUUUAGAUAUACAUAAGAGAAAAAAUGACAGUGCAUAUAACAUAAAACUUCUUCUAAGUAACAAUAAAAAUAUACUCAUUGAAAAACAUGGACUCAUAAAUGAUGAUGCGUUAAUAGAAAACAUGAUAGAAGUGUUUAAUGAAAAAAAUAUUUAUUACAAGUAUAUACUCAACUUAGCUGAAAGUAAAACUGCGCAAAAUGGACGAAGCGAACAAAAUUAUGAUAACAUUUUUGAGGAUAAUAAUGACUAUAUAUCAGUUAAAAAUAUGCUGCAAAAGAAAAUUGAACUGCUGGAUGACGAUUAUGUGAGUUUGAAAUUUUUUGAGGGGAAGUCCAAAAUUUACGGAGAAAGAAAUUUUCUCUUUGACAUAAAUAAUUAUUACUAUUUAUUGAAUGCUUAUAAUAAUAGUAGAGUUUGUCAAGAGUGUUCAUACGAGAAUGAUGAUUAUACUUACACAGAUAACGACACCAUUUUUAGUGGGAAUGCAAACAGAUUUGAUGAAUAUAAGACAGAUGAUAAACUAAAAAAAAAAAUUGACACGAACAUUUUGAAAAAUAUGCACACCAUUUUUCCGCAUGACCAUGGUCAGGCAAAAUCGUCAAAAGGGGGAACCAAUUCAGAUGGGAAAAAGAAAAAGAAAGAGGAGGAUAUUACAAAGCGGGGAAAUUUAAGAGGGGAAGAAGGGGGUAACUCAAGUGACAACAGUAGUAACGUUGCUCUUCAGCGGGAUAGUAAUAAAAAUCGAAAUGACGAUUUUACUAUACUAGUGGCCGGGGGUAUAUGGACGAAUGAUGAGCUAGGGAACUCGAUUGGAAGGUAUAUCUUGAGAGAUGAAAAAUUAGAAAGAAAAAAAAAGAAAAAAAAAGAAAAAAAGAAGCAUAUAUUUUAUAUUGGUAAUCAUGCUAUACCAACAGUAUUUAUUUUUGCAAAAUAUUUUAAAAACGAGAUCAACUGUAUGAAAUAUAUUAAUUUAACCCAAAGUACAUAUGAUAGUAAGCUUCGUUUAUUACUAAUUUUAUAUAAAUUUAUAAUUAUAAUUAAGCAUAACAAAAUAUUCGAAGAUGACAACUACAGAAAGAUGGAGAAAUUGUAUUUGCAAAAAUGCCAUAUUAAAAAUAGUAUACCAUUUCUUUUCUUUGUAUAUGAAUCUAUGAUAACAUUUCUUGAGCCGUCUGUGCAGGUAAAAAAAAGCGCGUUUUACUACAUUUUAGUUAUUAAUAUUUUAAUAAACCUCUUUUCGCUGAUGAAUGUGCAUGAUCGGGGAGGGACUAAAAAGAGGUUCCCUCGAGCAAAAGGGAGGAAAGGUGAGAGUGAGGGUGAGAAGCAUAACAAGAGUGAGAAUGAGAAGUAUAACAAGAGUGAGGGUGAGAAGCAUAACAAGAGUGAGGGUGAGAAGUAUAACAAGAGUGAGGAUGAGAAGUAUAACAAGAGUGAGGAUGAGAAGCAUAACAAGAGUGAGGGUGAGAAGCAUAACAAGGGUAUGACUUAUGUACAUGGUCAUAAUUCGGGCAAAUGUGGAUCCCCCACUGCAAACGAUAGAAACGUGCAUAAUAAAAAAUCCCGUGCAGAAUUGAUGGAGAGUAGUAGUGAAGACGAUAUGGAGAAAUAUUCGAACUACUUUGAUAGUAGUGUAGACGAGGAUGAACAGUAUAACACGGAUUCGUGUCAAGGCAGUUUCUACUGCGACCUGUUUAUUGAUAAGUCGUUUAUUGCUAGCAUAAAAAAUAGGAAAAACAGUGCCGUAUUUUCCAUUCUGCAUAACAUGUCGAAGAAGGAAAUUGACAAAUACAAAUUUAUUGGAAAGGAGUUUGCUGGUAGUAUAUGGGAUAAUGAUCACGAGGGGAAUGGAAAAAACGAAAAAGAAGUCGAACAUGUGUAUGGAAACGUGCAUGAUAAAGAGGACGAUAAGGCGGGUGGUAAAGCGGAUGGAAAGAAAUACAAGGAGAAACUAGCCAAAGAGAGAACAAAAAAAAAUGGAUUGGAUAAAAAUAGUUUAAUUUACAAUAUGCCUCUAUUCCUGUCCCUAUUCGUUAGAGCCAUUACUAUCCAUUUGCAUUAUUUUAAUUUUUAUAAUAAAAAUGUGUAUAUAUUAAAAAAUUUCAACGCCUUGCAUGUGCCAAAUUCUAUUAUGAAGUAUAUUUAUCCUGCAAAUCAUUUUAACAUCAACUUGUUUGUAAGCAUGCUAGAGCUUUUUUAUGUGUCUGCUAGGAUUUAUAAUAAUUAUUUUAUUAGGAUAAACAGAAAUGCGUCCAUACGAAAGGGUAUUGAAAUAGAGGAGGUUGUAGACGUGGUGAAAACGAGAACAAAAGGCAAAAAUAGUGUUAAGAUGAUACAUACGGAUUAUUAUAAUACCACUAGUGAAGGUGAAAAAAGUAGAGAAAUAGAGAAACAAAGUGGCGAUAAAGAGUGCAUCAGAAUGAACAAAAAUAGAUCAUUGAAUGAACAGAACGGAUAUACUCCGGAUUAUACAGGAAAAUCGCUUUACCUGAACAUGUACAUAAUUACACUAAAAGAAAUAUUAAAAGAAUGUUAUGAAUAUCAUGAUAUACAUAUGAAAGAUGAAGAAAGCAUUCGAAGAUGUUAUUAUCUUGAGCACAUGCUUCUCUACUUCUUGUACAAUCGGGUUAAUACCCUAUACGAAUUACUUUACAAUUUUUUUUUUAAGUUUCUGAAGGGAAGAAACAGUAAUAUUUACAGUAGUAGCAAUCACUACCAUCUUCAACAUCAACUCCAACAUCAAUAUCAUCACGAACGUCGACAUGGGCAGCAUCAUAGUAGCAACGUUUUUGAUAGCGUUAACGAGAAUAUAUAUUUGAUUUUGGAAAAUAUUAUAUAUGACCAAAUAAACAAAAUAAAUAGCUUUUUGGACAAUAACGAGUAUUAUUAUUUUUACAUAAAUACAUUAACCUUCAUCACACUGAACACACAUGUUUGUUUACAUAUGCUUAAGAAAGAUAUAUUGACAAAAUUAAUUUAUGUUCCUUUGAUAUAUCAUUCCCUAUUUGACAAGAGCAAAAGCUUUAGUGCUAUUUAUUACGUUAGUGAUGACCAAUACAUACGGAAUAAAAAUCAUAUUAUUUUCUGUUCUUUAAUUGUCUUAAUAAUUAAAAUGUUGUACAUAUUUAUAAAUACUGUGAUAUGUAGUGGUGGUGCUGCUACUGCUGCUAGUAUUGGUGCUAAUAAUUUAUACUAUUACUCCGAAAAUGCUCCAUAUCACUUUAGAACAAAUUUCAUGUACAGCAUGGAAGGAAGUCUUGUACCAAGUUUUGCUACUGCAGGGAAUGUUAUGUAUAGUUUUACGUCGUCUGUAGGUGGAAAUAUACCAAACAGCAAUGAGCUCGAAAGAAACAACAAUUUUCUUAACAACACAAACAUAAACAGCAAUUAUGCAAAUCUUGAUGAGAGCGAUUUAAAUAAGAUGCAAGGAGGGAGGCAGAUGAACAGAAAGGAUGACAAAAAUUACCACAAUGAUGAAAUCCACCACAAGAACAAAAAAAAAUGGGAAAUAAAAAUGGAUGGACAUCCCAUCACUGACGAUGAAAUUGACUACUUCCUUGAUGCUAUAAUAAAUAUAAUAGAAAAAUUAUCAGAUAGAAUAAAUUUUAUUUUUUUAAAAAUUGAAAAAAUAAACUGUCUAGCUAUAUUUGAAGAAUCUUACUUAUAUGUGGAGCUACUUACAAAGCUUUCUUAUUAUUGUACCAUAUAUAAUAUAAACAAUUUUCUUAUAUCAUUAAUGGACAAAGGGGGAGUAGAGCAUCAUAUAUAUUAUAUAAAUAGAAUAUUAGAAAAAUUUAUUUAUGAAAAAGAGAUUAUUAUUAAUCCAUAUAGCCCAUAUGAAAUAGCUGCGUCGUCAAAUGUAGCACAUGUAAAGGGAAAAAAAAAAAUUAAAAAAAAUGAUUUCUCUUUAUUUACUCAAAGAGUUUUAUACAUAUGUUAUAAGUCUAUUCUAAAUUAUAACACCAUACUGCUGAACAUAAUUCAAAGUCCUUACUUCACGUACUCGUACUUUGUUUUGCAUCUUUACAUCAUGAUACUUAAGUCUACUAGGCUCGUCACCACGUUCAUUGAGCACUUUGGAAGGAGGAACACGACCCUCAUAAGGACGAUUAAGACCAAUUCGGGGUUUUCCUAUGUACCUAUCUGCCUAGACAUAGUGAACACGAUGAAGGUAAAAAAGAAAGAAAAAAUUUAUUAUACUAGAGGAACAAAGGGUAAAUCGAGUUUCGACUAUUACCUUAGUGAGAGCAAAUCAGAAAGCAGUGAAAUGUCGAAUUAUUCAAAUGAAAUAUACCAAUAUAAUAGAUCGAUUGAUGAAUAUAUGAACACGACAAGAAUUUAUAGGAAUGAUUAUUUGUUUAAUUUUUUACCAGAAAUGAUUCAUCUAAAAUCUUAUUAUAAUAUAUUAAAAGAAAUACUUGAAAGAAGUGCCUAUUUAGGGGCUUAUCUUUUGGAUAAGUUAAAAUACUCAUGUGAAGACUCUUGUUUGAAGCAAAUUUUAUUUAGUAACGUUUGUUCUUAUUUAAUACAUAUCAAUACAACCCUACUUCCGUCUAAUAUAUGCUCGAAUAAUUUAAAAAAAAAAUGCACAAUUGUUUAUAAUUACGUCGUUAAUAUACACAAAAAGUAA